UCCCCUUAAACCUCACCGGAGAAGAAGAGGAGGAGAGGGGGCCAAGAGAUGAACGAGGAGGGAAGAGAGAGAGAAGCAACAGGAGAACAAACAGAGGAGUGAAAAGAACAAAAAAAAGUAAAAGAGGGCUUUGGGUUUUUUCUCCAGUGUUACUGCAACAUAUUUACCACGAUUACAGCGGUGUGAUCCAGCAGCUGCUGCGAUGUGGAUGGAAACCAAAACAGAGGUUGGGGAGGCCAGCAGGAGUCGUGCCAGCUUCAGCCGGCGUGCGUUGAAUGCUCUGCUGUUGUGCACUGGGGACAUGAAGCACUUGGAUGAGUACAUGCAGGAUAAGUUAUUUGUGCUGCAGCUGGCGGUGUGGGGCCUGAGAGGGGUGGCCAGGGUGAUUCUAGCAAACAACCCGCUGAGUGGUGCUCUCAUCCUGGCUGCACUGUACUGGGCUUCCCCCUGGCAGGGCCUGCUGGGAACUGUGGGUGUUCUGGUCUCUACGCUAACAGCUAUUAUCAUGGGACAAGACAGUGCUGAGGUGUCAGGGGGUCUCCAUGGCUUUAACGGCAUGUUGGUGUCUCUGCUGAUGGGAGCGUUUAGUUCGGCUGGUGACUGGUACUGGUGGCUGCUGCUGCCUGUCUGCUUUGGGUCAGCUACAUGUGUCUUUCUGUUCAGUGGUCUCUCCUCAGUGAUGGACCGCUGGGACUUGCCCGUCGCCGUGUUUCCCUUCAACAUCAUCAUCUUCCUCUACCUCCUCUGUACCGGCCAAGACAAUCCCUAUUUUCCGCACCGACAAGCUCUGCCACCAGGGGCACUGGAGCCUAAUGGCACCACGCUCAUUGCAGUAGAGGUGAUACGUGGUAUCCCUCUGGGUGUGGGUCAGAUCUUCGCCUGUGGAGCCCUGGGGCCCUCCCUACUUAUCCUGGGAGCCGUUCUGCUCUACUCCCCCCUGCUGGCCGUCCAUGCUCUGCUUGGAUCAGCAGUUGGCACAUUGGCUGGUCUAUCCAUGGCGGUGCGUCAUGGCUCUCUGUACUCAGGUCUGUCAGGGUUUAAUGGAGCUCUGGGCUGCAUGGCUGUUGGAGGACUCUUCUUCACCUUCAGCUGGAGGACCCACCUCUUUGCCAUUGCCAGCGCCUUCCUUUCUGCAUAUGCUGACAUCGCUCUAUGCAAUCUACUGGGAACUGUGGGUCUCCCAGCAUGCAGUUGGGCAGCCACUCUGACAGCCACACUGAUGCUGCUGAUGACUGGUAGUUUAGCAGCAUACCGCAUCCCUAUUUGUCAAGUUAUGGCCCCUGAACACAACCUGCGCUCUCGCAGCCAGUGGGCAGCUGGGAACACCGCAGAAAGAGAAAGCACUGAUGUGUAGUGCUAGGACACACACACACACACACACACACACACACACACACACACACACACACACACACACACACACACAUACACAGAGUACUGUAUCAGUACUCGUUGGAUGAGCUGGACCAAACAUAUAUACAUUUUGAUUAUAAGUAUAUUAUAAAUGGAUUCAUAGACAUACAAUGUUACCAUGUCCUUACAUUGUAAAAAAAAA